AUGGCGGGAUGCAAACAAACCAGAACUCUCGCGCUCCCUCAACGGCCCACAAUAUCUUCGUCCACCACCCAAGUGCAGCUCGACUACGAUCCCGCGGCGCUCCUCGCGAAACCGUCAGCAGAUUGGACGCGUUUUGUGCUGCUGUCUGACACGCAUACGCACGCCUGCGACGUGCCCGGCGAUGAGAACGACGUGUUGAUUCACACGGGAGACCUUACAAACCGUGGCCGGCUUCCGGAGUUGCAAGCAACAGUGGACUGGUUGCGCUCUUUGCCCCACAAGGUUAAGAUCGUCAUCGCGGGCAACCACGACCUCAUACUGCAUCAAGACUUCUACGAAGAUAACUGGGCGAGGAAGGGUUUCUUGGAGCCAGAGUCCGUUGCAGAGGCGCGGAAACUACUCAAAGGGUCUGCGGCCGUUGCCGCGGGGAUCGUCUAUCUCGAAGAUGAACAGUACACGUUCCGCGCUCGGGAAGGCGGGAGGGAAUGGAGCGUGUAUGGCUCACCAUGGUCCCCCAAUUUCUACAACUGGGCGUUUGGCUAUGACCGUGGUGAGGAGGCAGAAGCGCUGGUGGGCAAGUUAACCCAUGGUCCUCCGCGCAAUGUUCUCGACCUCACCAACAACAAUAUUCUUGCCGGUUGCGCCGCUCUCGCGUCAAGGGUACAACAACUCAAGCCACUGCUCCAUGUCUUCGGGCAUAUCCACGAAGCUCGCGGGGCAUAUGUGCAUUCAUGGAAUGAACAGCUCGCAGCACAGAAUGCCAUACAACUGGGAGUUUCAAAAGAACACCAAGAGCGGGUCGACUUCACUGAACACCUUGAUUCCGAAUACCCUGCCAACGACGACUUUGACGAAAGGCCGGAUGCAACUGGCCCAGCGGAAACGAUAUUCGUCAACGCGGCGAAUUACCCUUCAGGUCCAGUGGCAAGGCUGGCUGCGAAGUCUGGAGCAAGGGUGAACAUGGGAGGCAAGGGUUUCCAGCCGAUUAUUGUAGAUCUUGUGGAUAAAGCGAACUAG